AUGGCCGUGUCUCAAGCAAGUUCGGGCAAUGGGGGCGACACGGCGCACGCGAAGAGACUGAUAGCUGAGCGUGCCCGCGCUGACGCGGAAAAGGCUAGAGCUGCGGCGGAGGAGAGGCGCGCGGAGGCUGUGAAAGCACGCGCCGAGGCGGAAAGCAAGCAGCAGGCGGCGGAGGAGAAGCGAAGUCUGGCGGAAGAAAAGCGGAGGGUCGCGGAGAAGGCCAAAGAGGAGGCGCACGCUCGGCAGGCGGAGGCGGAAAGCGCGCAGGCGGAAGCGGAGAGGAAGGCGGAGGCAGCAGCGCAGCGGAAAGCGGAGGCGGAGGAAGCGAAGGAGCAGGCGAAUGCGGCGAAGCAGCGCGCGGUGAGUGCGCGGGAGGAGGCAGAUGCGAAGAGAGAGCGGGCGGAGCAGGCGAAGGCGGAGGCUGAUGAGAGGAGGGAGCAGGCUGAGCAAGCCAAGGCAGCGGCAGACAGUAAGCAGGCUGAGGCGGAGCGAGCGAGGGAGGGAGCAGAAGCGGCGAGAGAAAAAGCUGUGAGCGGGAGGGAGGUCGCGGAGAAAGCCCAGCAGGAGGCGGAACAGGCGAAGGAGGAAGCGGAGAAGGCGAGGGGCGAGGCGAAGCAGGCUCAGGAGAAGGCGGAGGCUGCUCGGGCUGCUGCGGAGGUGAAGAGGGAAGAGGCUGAGAAGGCGAAGAAGAGCGCGCGGGCGCGUCUGGAGGAGUUUGUAGCGCUGAAGGAAAGGGCUGCUGAGGCAAGAGCUGCGGCGGAAAAGGAGCACGCGGAGCUGGAGAGGCGGAAGGGCGAGGCGGAGAGCGCGCGGGAGAAGGCGGAGGCGCAGAGGAGGGAUGCUGAGGAGAAGAAGCAGCAUGCUGAGAAGGCAAAGGAGGAGGCGGAUCGGAAGAGGAGCGAGGCGGAAAAGGCGAAGGAGGAGGCUGGGAGGGCGAAGCUGGAUGCGGAGAGGGCGAGAGAGGAGGCGGAGAGGAGGAAGGAGGAGGCGGAGGGGAAGCGGGGUGAGGCGGAGAGGAAGCAGCAGGAGGCGGAGAGGUUGAGGGAGGAGGCGGAGAAGGGGAGGUUGGCUGCGGAGCAAGCGAGAGCGCAGGCUGAGCAGGCGAGGGAAAGGAAGAAGGAGCUGGAGCUGAAAACUGUGGCAGUCCUUCGUUCUACACACACGCUACCAAUGUCGGACGCGGAAGAAGCGGAAAACGCGCCGCUUGAGGAGGUUCCACAGGGGGAGGCGGCUGAAGCCCCUGCGAAAGAAGCAGCAGGCGAUGAUGGUGGUGGGGGGGAAGGAGAAGGAGGAGGAGGAGAAGCUGAGGGGGGUGGGGAUGAGGGAGCGGUUGAGGAGGAAAGUGCCGAAGAAGUGAAGGAGGAUGCAAAUGGAGAGAAGAAUAGUGAAGAGGGAAAGGCGGCUGAUGAAGAAGAAAGGGUAGAAGCGGAAGUUACACCUGCUGAAGCAGGUGAUGCAAGUGAAGCAGGUGAACAGAGUGGAGCAGGUGACGCAGGAGAAGCAAGCGACUCAGGAGAAGCGACUGAAGGAGGUGAAGCAAAUGAAGAAACUGACGAAGGUGAAGCAAAUGAAGAAACUGACGAAGGUGAAGCAGCAGAAACAAGCGAAGAAGGGAAACCGACAGGAGAGGCUGAAGCAGUUGAAGAUGCUGAGGCAGUUACUGAAGAAAAGGAGAAAGAUAAGGCGGAAGAGGUGGCUGCGGCGGCUGAGGAGAUUAGCGAGGCGGAAGCAGAGAGCGCAGCUGAUGGGACGACAGAGGCGGAGGCCGGCGAUGCUGUGCCGGCGGAAGCCGAGCAAGCGGAAGGGGAGGAGGCGGAAGGGGAGCAGGCGGAAGGGGAGCAGGCGGAAGGAGGGGACGAUCAAGGGAGCGACAAGGGGGAGGCUGAGGAUGCAGAGGCGGGUGUGACUGAACCGGGAGGGUCUAACGCAGAGGAAGUAGCUGCGGAAGAGGCUGCUACAGCCGAGGCUACAGCCGAGUCGAGUGCAGAAGCAGGUGGGCAGACCAACGACGAGGCGAGUGGGGAGGCGAGUGGGGAGGCGAGUGGGGAGGCGAGUGGGGAGGCGAGUGGGGAGGCAACUGGUGAGCCGGGUGAUGCUGCUGGUGGAGGUGAAGGGGGAGAACUGGAGGGAACGACGAGUGAUGGGGAGUCACGAGCGGCAGAAGGAGAGAUGGGGGACGAGGCGAAGGAAGGUGAUACAGGGGACGGGACGGUGGAGGAGAAAGGCGAGGAGGAGAGCGCAGGAGGACAAGGAGAAGGAGAGAAGGGAGAAGAGGAGGGAAAUGGCGAGGAGGUGAGAAACGAAGUGGGAGCGGGAGGGGAGGAAGAUCGAGGAGAGGAGGAGGGAGGAGAGCGGAGAGAAGGAGGAGGAGAAGGAGAAGGAGGAGAAGAAGGUAGUGAAGCGGCAGCUGUAGGGGACAGCGGCGAGACUGAAGGGAAGGGGGCGGCGGAGGAGGCGGAGGUGGAUAAAGAAGAGGUUGCGGAGGAGAAGAACGAUGACGUGGCAUCUGUGUCGUCAGGUGGCGGCGAUGGGGAGGAUGAACGGGCAGGUGAAGAAACCGAAGAGAGAAUACAGGAUGGGGAGAUGGGGGCUGAUGAGAGAGGGGAGGGCGAGAAGGGGGAAGAGGAGGAGAGUUCUGUGACAGGGGGGCUUGGAGCAGAGAUGGGUGAGUCUAAGCCGCAGGAAGGAGCAGAAGACGAAGUGAAAGAGGAAGCAGCGAGUGGGGAGCUAUUGGAGGGAGAACAAGGGGAAGGGGAUGAAACGGGAGAGAAAGAGGUGGGUGGGAUGGAGGAGGAGAGGGAGGAGGAGGCAGUGACGAUUCAAGUCGACGGUGAGAAUGGGAAGGAAGAAGAGGAGAAGGCAGAGGUGGAAGCGGCAGUGGAGGCUAAUGGCUUGCAGGUAGAGGAAGGGAAAGAAGAGAAGGAGGAAGAGGGAGGAGUGGAAGAGGGAGAGGGGGAAGCUGGUGCAGGGCAAAACCAUGUGAAGGAUGGAGAGGGGAGUGAGGAGGGGAGUGAGAAGGGGAGUGAGAAGGGGAGUGAGAAGGGGAGUGACAAGAGUGAGAGUAGCAGUGACAGCGAUAGCAGCAGCGAGAGUGGGAGUGACAAGGAAGGGGAUGACGAUGAGAAGAAAGAGAAGAAGGAUAAAAAGGAGAAGAAAGAUAAGGAGGGUAAGAAAAAGAAGAAGGAUAAGAAGGAUAAAGAGGGCAAGAAGGGUAAGAAGGACAAAGGAAAGAAGAAGAAGAAAAAGGAUGAAGACGAGGAAGAGGAAGAGGACGGGGAUGACAAGGAAAUGAAGUCUAAGAUAGCUGAAGAAAUGAAGUCCAAGAUAGAGGCAAUGGCCAAGAUAGAGGCAAUGGAAGCCUUGAUGGCUGGGAUGAAAACAGAAGCAGAGGUGCAGGCGCUGCUGCAGGCACAAGAGACAGAAUGGGCCGCCCGUCUCGCCGAAGCCGAAGAAAAAGUCCAAAAGAUGCGACUCCUGCGUCAAGCCUUGGAGCUACGAGCGUCUAAGGCGGAGGAGCAGCUGGGGAAGCUUAGAGAAGAGCUGGAAGCGGAGGAGGAGAGGAGGAUAGCGGCGGAAGAAGCUAGGGACGAGGCGGAGGAGGGGCGGCGGGUGGCUGAGGAGGGGAUGGAGGCGAUGGUGGAUGCUAAGAGGGAGACAGUGAAGAACCUCACAGAGAGUCUGCUGGCUUCGGAGGAGCAGAGGAAAAGGCUUGUUGCUGUGCUGCGAUCGGUGAAUGGAGACCAAAACCAGUCAGUAUGGGGCACCAUCAUGUCGUUUUUCGAUGCCAACAAGGCUUGA